GAGCACAGUCCCUGACAUCACACAGCUGUAGAGAUGGAUAAGCAAAGAGUAAUCUACUCUGAAAUGAAUCUGGCCAAAAACCCAAAGAGGCAGCAAAGGAAACCUAAUGGCAAUAAAAGCUCCAUUCCAGAAACUCAACAGGAAAUAAUCUAUGUUGAAUUAAACCUUCAUAAUGCUGCUCAGGAUCUUCGAGGGGAUGACACAUCUUACCACUGCAAAGAUUUACUAUUACCUCCAGAGAAGCUCAUUUCUGGGAUCCUGGGAAUCAUCUGUCUUGUCUUAAUGUUCAUGGUAGCAGGUGUUCUCAUUGCCUCUAUGGUAAAAGAGACGCAGAACAAUUCUCUCCAGACUAUGGGAACUCAGAAAGCAUAUCACUGUGGUCGUUGUCCAGAAGAGUGGUUCACAUAUUCCACCAAUUGUUAUUACAUUGGUAAGGAACUGAAAACUUGGGAUGAGAGUGUGACAGCCUGUGCUUCUAACAACUCUAAUCUGUUUUAUGUAGAGAAUGAAGAAGAAAUGAAAUUUCUGGGCUCCCUGUCACUUCUGUCAUGGACUGGAGUCUCUCGUAAAAGCCGUGGUCAUCCAUGGGUGUCAUUACGUGGCUCAACUUUCAAACUUAAUAUAACAGAAACAGAAUAUGCUAAACGUAACUGUGCUAUGCUAUACAAAUAUAGACUUCAAUCAGAUGAAUGUGGAUCUUCAAAACCAUAUAUUUGUAAGCACAAGUUUUAGAAGUAAACCACCCGAGUUUGGA